AGUGUUUUGGUCUUCUCUUUAGGCAUACCCGUAAACAGUGUGUUGGUCUUCUCUUUAGGCAUACCCGUAAACAGUGUUUUGGUCUUCUCUUUAGGCAUACCCAUAAACAGUGUUUUGGUCUUCUCUUUAGGCAUACCCAUAAACAGUGUUUUGGUCUUCUCUUUAGGCAUACCCAUAAACAGUGUUUUGGUCUUCUCUUUAGGCAUACCCAUAAACAGUGUUUUGGUCUUCUCUUUAGGCAUACCCAUAAACAGUGUUUUGGUCUUCUCUUUAGGCAUACCCAUAAACAGUGUUUUGGUCUUCUCUUUAGGCAUACCCAUAAACAGUGUUUUGGUCUUCUCUUUAGGCAUACCCAUAAACAGUGUUUUGGUCUUCUCUUUAGGCAUACCCGUAAACAGUGUGUUGGUCUUCUCUUUAGGCAUACCCGUAAACAGUGUUUUGGUCUUCUCUUUAGGCAUACCCAUAAACAGUGUUUUGGUCUUCUCUUUAGGCAUACCCAUAAACAGUGUUUUGGUCUUCUCUUUAGGCAUACCCAUAAACAGUGUUUUGGUCUUCUCUUUAGGCAUACCCAUAAACAGUGUUUUGGUCUUCUCUUUAGGCAUACCCAUAAACAGUGUUUUGGUCUUCUCUUUAGGCAUACCCAUAAACAGUGUUUUGGUCUUCUCUUUAGGCAUACCCAUAAACAGUGUUUUGGUCUUCUCUUUAGGCAUACCCAUAAACAGUGUUUUGGUCUUCUCUUUAGGCAUACCCAUAAACAGUGUUUUGGUCUUCUCUUUAGGCAUACCCAUAAACAGUGUUUUGGUCUUCUCUUUAGGCAUACCCAUAAACAGUGUUUUGGUCUUCUCUUUAGGCAUACCCAUAAACAGUGUUUUGGUCUUCUCUUUAGGCAUACCCAUAAACAGUGUUUUGGUCUUCUCUUUAGGCAUACCCAUAAACAGUGCAUUCGGAAAGUAUUCAGACCCCUUGACUUUUUCCAUAUUUUUCUACGUUACAGCCUUGUUCUAAAAUGUUUAGGCUCUGUUCUGUGGUGCUAACUUUACCAAAAGGCCUCAACUGACAGGUUCUGCUAUCCUCCUGAGGGAACUCCACUCUGACCAUGAGGGACCGUCUGGAGGAGCUGCGUCAGAGGGCCCAGGAGUUCCGGGAGGCAAGAAACAAGGCAGAUGAGACCCCAUUCCCUGAGGAAGACCCUGACUCAGAUAACCCAGCGUGGGUUAGUGUCGCCACCCGGCAGCAGGCUGUGGUGUUUGAGGAGGAACCAGUCCUGGACAACUUCCUGUCCGAGGCUCAGCAUAUCCGCGGUGACAUCACUGAGCUCGAAACCGAGGUGAAGAAGUUCAGCCAGCAUCAAAGGAGCCUGGUGGCAGCCAUGCGUCGUUUCAGUGUGAUGAAGAAGGAGAGCAGUGUGACGAGGGACAUCAAGCUGCAGGCAGAGAGCAUCCACAAACGGAUGGACGCCCUCUCCAAGAAGGCACCGACUUUAGAAGACAUGCAGGGACUGGCUACAGCCACUACACGCAUCCAACGCUCCCAACACGCAGCACUACACAGACAAUUCCAGCAGGUGAUGCGUUUGUACAACGACUCCAUUCUCAAUAAACAGGAGCGGUGUAAACACUUCAUCAUCCGGCAGCUGGAGGUGUCUGGUCGCGACGUCACCGAGGAGGAAGUGGACGAAAUGGUUUCUGCGGGGAAGUGGGAGGUGUUUAACCAGAACCUCCUCAACAAUGAACGCAUCACACGCUCUAAGCUGUCUGAGAUCGAGCAGAGACACAAGGAGCUGGUGAAUCUGGAGAGCAACAUGAAAGAUCUGAGAGAUCUGUUCAUGGAUGUCUUUAUGUUGGUGGAAGAGCAGGGAGACUACAUAGACCACAUCCAGACCAGCGUAGAGAAGACACAGGACUAUGUCACCGUCAGUAACGAGAAGUUUAAAAUGGCUGCCAGGUACAAGAAAAAUAACCCUUUGAGGAGGCUGUGCUGCUGUUGCUGCCCCUGGAGGUGAUGCACAUAGAGGAAAGACUGGAGACUGGAGAUGCCCCUGGAGGUUUUUCAGAUGGGGAGAGGAAGAGUUCUGCAGGUGGCAUUUCACUUAUAAGAAUCUUCAGAGGAGACCGCGUGAAUCAGGCCUUCGUAGUCGAAUUGCUGCAAAGAAACCACUACUAAAGAACACCAAUAAGAAUAAGAGACCUGCUUGUGCCAAGAAACCCGAGCAAUGGACAUUAGACCAGUAGUAAUCUGUCCUUUGGUCUGAUGAGUACAAAUUUGAGAUUUUUGUUUCCAACCUCCGUGUCUUUGUGAGACACAGAGUAAGUGAACAGAUGAUCUCUGCAUGUGUGGUUCCCACCAUGAAGCUUGGAGGGGAGGUGUGAUGGUGUGUGGGUGUUUUGCUGGUGACACUGUCAGUGAUUUAUGUAGAAUUCAAGGCACACUUAACCAGCAUGACUACCAUAGCAUUCUGCAGCGAUACGCCAUCCCAUCUGGUUUAGUGGGACUAUCAUUUGUUUUUCAGAUGACCUGGCCUCCACAAUCAUCUGACCUCCACCCAAUUGAGAUGGUGCUCAGCAUAUGUGGAAACUCCUUCCAAAUAGUUGGAAAAGCAUUCCAGGUGAAGCUGGUUGAGAGAAUGCCAAGAGUGUACAAAGCUGUCAUCAAGGGUGGCUACUUUGAAGAAUCUAAAAUAUAAAUAUUUGUCUUGGUUACUACAUGGUUACCAUAUGUGAUAUUUCAUGGUUUUGAUGUCUUCACUAUUAUUCUACAAUGUAAAAAAAAAAAGUGAAAAUAAAGAAAAACUUUGAAUGAG